AUGAAAUAUUUAUUCUCUCUUCUGGUAAUUUUUUAUUCGUAUUUAUUUUUAUUUAUUGCUUCCGAUGAUCCAUGUUCAGGUUUUAUUUAUCCUGCAACAGCUAAAAGUUUCGGAUUGGUAAGCAUCUAAUUACAGUAUACAUAGACUUCAUUUUUCAAAAGAAAGUCAUUUAAAGAUUGGUGGUAAAUGUAUAUUUGUUUCAACUAGCACUUUAAAUCCACUUUCAACAUGUGGUCAUCUGGGAAAUACUCCCUUUACUACGUUAUCAAUUGAUUCAAACGCGGAUAACACUUUGAUCUCAAGUAAGUUGAAAGAUUUUAGAAAAUGAGUAGAUGAAACUUUAAAUUUGUAGAAGCACUGGUAGCUGCUGGUGUACAAAAUGCUGCAAUUGGUUACACUGGAAAAGGAGAUAUUUGGAAAUGGGAUAAUGGAGAUCCAACAACUUAUUCGAAUUGGAGUAAGUCAGAUUAGUGUUGAGAGAAAUCUAUUUCGAGUUUUCAGAAGAUAAUCCAAAUCAAGUGCAUACAACACCCACACCAUUACGAUCUACAUGUAAGUUUUGAGGCUGCGGUCGAAUUCUUGAUCUGAUUUUUUAAUCACCGAGUAACUCGAAAAUAUAUUAACUCAAAAAAAAAAUACAGAAUCCGCAGAUAAUCCUUAAAAUUUUCAGAUUUAGAGGCUCCUAAAACCUAAAACCUUGUAAUGCCUUCCAAUUUUUGUUCAAAAAAUUCUAUUCUAGUGAUUUCUUCUUCUAAAUUUCUCAAUAUUUCCUAAUUCAACUAAUUUUUAAAAUAAAUGCUCAAAUUUUAGAAUUCUUCUGAAAAUACCAAGAAAUUGCACUAUACAUGAGUGCGGUUCGAACCUGGCUCGAAAAUUCACUAACCAAAUUAUUUAACGACUUGACCACGCGUGAACAUUUUCCCAUUUCGUUUCCAAAUUUAAAAUUUUGCAUCUCACGUUUUUUUUUCAAAAUGUUAAAAAUUGAAGAGCAUUUCAUAAUUUUUCAAAAACCGAAAAGUUCUAAUUUUUUCGAUAAAAAACAUAAUGAAAAUAUACAGUACCUCCUGCCAAUCAACGAAAAUCAGUUGCAAUCGUUUUUGCUGUCGAUGCAACUUUGACAUCAGCAAAUGCUUUCACAUUUGCGGUAAGUCUAAUCAACUACAUUAUGAUAUCCUGAACAAUAAUUUUUCAGCAAUUAGAUUUGAUUUCUGAAUUAGUUGAUUAUAUGUCCGCGCGAGGACCAACAGAAUUCGCAAUUUUCGCCUAUGGUUGCACAAAACAAGAUCCUUUCACAAUUCAAUAUCCAUAUUUUGAAUCGGAUUAUUUGAAAGUUCAAAAAAUGAUCGAAGAUUUGAAAAAUACAAUUCUAAAUGAUUGUAUUCGGGUAAAUCCACUCGAUUUUCCAAGUAUGUUCAAUGUUCAAGAAAACUUAUAUUAUAAUCGAUAUACAAAUUCACCAAGGCCUUUUAAUUCCGGAUAUAUUUCGAUGGUUUAUUUCAGCUCGACCACGUAAGUUUUGGGAAGUGGUUUUCAGAGAAAAAAAGUUUUUUUGAAGAAAUGCUACGAAUAUUGGACAAGCUCGCCUACUUUAUCCACUAUCAAAUUCAAGUGUAAUUACAGUAAAUGUUGGAAAUCGAUGUAAGUCACCAGAAUUUCUUCAUUUAAUUUUUGAGAAAAACAAUCAUAAAUAUUUCAGCCGCCGAUGUUUCAUCUUUCACAAUUCCAUACCGUCAAAAUAACAUUAAAGUCAAUUCAGUUGAGGAUAUUCAAAAUCUACUUCCAACUAUCGAUUCUAUUAUUUAUGGAUCUGGGUCUUCUUCAAGUUCUCAAAACUUUGUCCUGAAUUCUAAUAGAGUUCUAGCAACGACUGAUACGAUUUGUAGUUUUAUGAAUGCUUCUGAUGGAUUUUGGUAUGAAGAUUUUGAAUGUGCGAAGAGAAAUGUUUUGUGUCAAUAUUUUCUGCCAACACCAGAACCGCCACCAAGAGAAAAUCCGAGAAAAGAUGUUGUAGAUUUGUGAGUCAUUAGAUAUAUUUCUAGAAAAUACCUACGAUUUUUUAGAUGUGAUUCGGAAUAUACAAACUACACAAUGUUUGAUAUUCUUGACAAUGAUAGAUGUUACAAACUUUCUGUGCAGAAGAAAACAUUCGCUGAUUCAGAAACAACAUGCAUCACAGAUGACACAUUAUUUUUGCAUACUUCAAAACUCGCCUCAAUUUUAACACGAGAUGAACAAAUUCAACUGGAUAGUUUUGCUGUAAAUCAACAACCUGAAGAAGGAAUGUUUUGGUUUGGUCUAAAACAAGAUCCUAAAAAUACAUCAAAUUGGAUUUAUAUCAAUGGAGAUCCUGUAAGUUUCACAAAUUGGAGAGAUGGUUUUCCAAAAAUAGCUGAUGGUGCAGAAUGUGUUGCAUACGUGGCAAAUGAUCAAAAAUGGAUAA